AUGAACGGACACGGAAUCGGAGGUGGUGCCGGGCCAUUCGCCCCGGGAAUCGGUGGUGGAGCCGCCCCAAAUAUGCCGCCCCCGCCUCAUGGUAUCGGCGGCGGGGCCGGGCCGAAUAACGGGGGGAUUGGUCACGGAGCUGCUCCCGGGCCGUAUGGAGGUGGAAUUGGAGGAGGGGCAUGUCCACAAGGAGGAAUUGGUCACGGAGCGUCACCAUGCCCUCCCCCAGGCCAAUCAGGCUACAACGCCUACGCUGACGCCAAUCAGGGCCAUCAUCACCAUCAAGGACACCAACACGGACAUCACCAU